AUGGCCUCGGUGCAAUCCAACUGCAGUGCGUCCUCCCGACUGCAGAAGGAGUUCAUGGAGCUCAUGAUGGGCGGGGCUGAGGGCAUUUCUGCCUUCCCGCAGAACGACAAUCUCUUCCACUGGAUCGGCACCGUGCAGGGCGUGCCCAAUACCGUCUAUGAGGGCCUCGAGUUCCAGCUCUCCCUCAUCUUCUCGGCGAACUACCCGUUCGAGGCGCCAGUCGUGCGAUUUCUCACGCCGUGCUUCCAUCCGAACGUUGACGCACACGGUGGGAUCUGCCUUGACAUCCUCAAGGAGAAGUGGAGCGCUGUCUACACCGUGUCAAAGAUCCUCCUGUCCAUCCAGAGCCUCCUCGAUAACCCGAACAAUCAUUCGCCUCUCAACAACCGCGCUGCGGGGCUUUGGUACAACAAGGAGGCGUACCGCUGCGAAGUCCUCCUCGCGUAUAAAGACGCGAAGCCAAACGCGUCGUGA